AUGAGAUUUGCUUAUACUCAUACGUUGCCCGGAUGCGGUUUUCGAACUGGCGAAGUUGCCACUCCAGGGUGGGGCUGCCCUCUUCCUUCCCUUUCGGUGCCUCCUGCCUCACCGACAGCGGACGAGGAAGAUACUGCGGGGAGGCGGUUACGUGAUAUCGUAACAUGCGUCGCACAGGCACACGUUUUGCUGACGCAGUGCGUGUCUUUGGAUUGGCGGUGGCGUCGACAGUCGUCCGUCGUGAUGACCCGGAUGACCUCCACCUGGUCUCGUGUUUGGGUUGGAAUCUCUUCUGGAAUUUCUCGCAAGUCUGGCACAAAAUUUUCUCGCAUUCCUGGCACCAAAUCUGGCCAAUCGAUUCUUCGAUGCGUUCACAUCCAUUCAAAAGAUUUUGAUGUAGAGGGAAUCAAAAGGCUUCCGUCGUACAUGACGUCCAAAUCCUUUCUUCCGCCUAAACACCUGCUGUUCAUCUGA